CCUGUCGUAUCUGACCGCGAGUGUGAAGCUCCCCUACGUGUAGGCAAGGAGUCGUCGCCGGGGACACGGGAGUAGAAGGCAGGCGUAUGACGACGGGUGAUAUGAUCAGCCGCCGUCGCGACAUAGUGCGGACUGGUGUGACUGGGGUUAUUACGAUCGAACGUGCGACCACCACGGUGGUUUUGUGUCACGACACGUCGUCGACGUGUGUGCCGCCGGCGGUACGUCGCGGUCGCCGCUCGGUCCAUCUCGGGGGCGGCAGCAGCCACAGCAGCAGUAUCAUCAGCUUCGGGAAUAAUGCGCGUUAGGCACGUUGUUACACGACGACGACGACGCGGACGACGGUGCGACGACGACGCGAGGGACCCGAGCAGCAGCAACGAGGAACCGCCGCGGGUGCAGCUGCAACAGCUACGCAAUUAUGUACGCGUACGGUUUCGAGAUCACGUAGUGGCGGCUGCUGCCGUGUAAUUAUGCUGUCAUCGACGACGACCACGACCGCGACGACGAAGACGAAGACGAAGACGAAGCGCGGCGCGCCCUGUGUAGCUUCACGGUGAAAUUCUGGCGUGAGCGGUGCCGCGGCGGAACGGGGAACAUGGCGUCGGUCUCGGCUGAGACUCCAGCCAGCCACGGGCACAGCUUCAGCAAGAAGACGUUUCACAAGCCGACGUACUGCCAUAGCUGCACCGACAUGCUGUGGGGCCUCAUACAGCAGGGGUACAUCUGCGAAGUUUGCAACUUCGUGGUGCACGACCGCUGUCUCAAGGCCGUCGUCUCUCCCUGCUCCAGCAUCGCGGCAAGCCUCAUUAAGAACCCGGUUGCACACUGUUGGUCCGAACAGAAACAUCGUAGAAGACAAUUCUGCAACGUCUGUCGUAAACGGCUCGAUGAUAGUUUAUACAUACACUGUGAAAUAUGCGAGUACUUCGUUCACACGGAGUGCCAGGAUUUUGCCGUGGCAGACUGCAAGGAGAACGCCACGUACUUACCUGGGAAGGACUUGGCGCAGGUAAAACACACUCAUCACUGGCGAGAAGGCAAUCUUCCCAGCAGUUCGAAAUGUGCUGUCUGCAAGAAAAAUUGUUUUUCUGCCGAGUGCCUUUCCGGGCUCCGUUGCGAGUGGUGUGGCAUGACGUUGCACUCUUACUGUUAUAAAAAUAUCCCGCAAGAAUGCAACUUUGGGAACCUGAAGCGAAUCUACUUACCACCGCAUGCAGUCAGUAUUCCGCGUACGGAGAUUCCCAUGGAGACGAUCAUCGGAGUACAAGUACGUCGAAACGAAGUCCUGGCGCGUGAGUAUUCCUGCCGUAAGUGUCUAUUGUGCAAAUAA